ACGGCAUUUAUGACGGAACCGCGAAGACUCCGUCGACGGGUUAUAAUAUCGCUAAAACUACGGCGACAACGCGUAUACGCCAUUACGUGUCCAAGAACCCAGUGGAAGCAUGUGGAAGCUUCUAGAACAUUCCGAGCUCGGCAACUGUACGCAGCCUCUAACUUUUUUUUUUUGUUCCUUUGUCUUUACCAUCACCCUCGCGCCGAUCACGGUGAUAACAGCGGCACGGCGGCUAGCGAACCGGUGACGUAGUUCGACAUUAGACCAAUGAGACAAGAAAGAAAAUUGACCGGACGUAUCAACGCCUGCGCCGAAGAGCAAGGCAUCGCGGUCGUCGUGGCCAUAUAGAGAGCAUCCGAUGGCUUGGGUCGCCAUUUUGCCUUUUCUGUCCACUUCGGCGUGCCUCGUCUCGGCUGCCUUCUGCGUCGCACCGUACCUCGAGCCUCUGCUGGUCUUAAUUACGCGCUAACAGUGGCAGCGCUUGUCAAAGUUGCAUGCUGCGCACCUUCCCGCCUUCGGCCGACUCUGGAAGCACUGGCUUGAAGCCCCGGGCCUGCAAAACGUGAGGCACGCCUCGAGAGACUUGUAGCCCGACCCGCCUGCCGCCUCGGAAAUUCCUGGCCCGGCUUUCGAGCUCCCGGAGUGUAAGUGACCGCCAGCCGGCAUAACUACGUUACGCGAACGACACUCCGGUCGAGCCAGCGCAGCGUAUAAGCCGCAAGUCGUUCCUGCCGAGUACUCCUUCUUUCGUUUGUGCGCGUUCCCACCCCCCGACGGCGCCUGGACUAUUGAACUGUGGAUGAACUCUGAGCGUGGCCACUGACCCCAGGACCUGCGCGGCAACCCCUCGUCGCGGCGAGCGUCGUCUCUACGAGCUUCGCAUCGAGCGUCCUAAACGCUCAAAAGGCCUGUGUGUGCACUUUGUGCAUUUUUUCUAGAUGGUCUAGCUGGCGAGGGUGGCGCAUGCCUUAGAGAAGUUAACUGUUUGUUCAGUUGCACCAGCUAGCUCUCACUGAGAUGCAUGGCAAAAUAACGCGAAGUUAGUUUUGUUGCUUAGCUGUAAGCCCGAGGUUUCGUGGGCAUGGCUUGCGGCCACACGGGUCUUCUCCGUGCCGGAAUCGAAGAGGACGGGCCACGUGUUGCGGGGUGGCAGUGUAUAGCUUCAGGUAUUAGCUGGCACAGAGGGUUAGCUAACACUACGCAGGCAACAGCUGAUAGCCGUCCUCUUACGACUGCGUCAGGGACAUGGACCCAUCCGAACGGCCUUGCGACCCGACCCCACUAUUUCGUGACGUAGGUAGCCCGCGCGCGUGAGUGCGCGUGCUAUCGAGCGAAAUGUGGAAUGACGGAAGCAAACGGCCUUCGGACACAACCUCGCCAGCUAUUAGGCACUAACCCGCUCUACGCAGCACCUCGACGCCGGACGUGGCCUGCUGUUUUCGUCGGAGCUGGGCCGGGCAGCAGCUACAAGCAUCACUCGUACCGCGUACGGCCUACAGUGUUCCCUCGUCGGUGUGGCCUUGUGGCCCUGCACCGGGAUCCCGAGGUCAGCUUUCCAGAUUGCGGACCACGAGUCGGAAGGAUAUCCAGUGUGCUGCUCCACGUUUGCCAUCCUCCCAACGUCCCCCACAGGAGAUGGCCUUGAGCACCUCUUACCGUGGCUGACCGCCUUGGCUCCUUUGCAUUUCCACGUCAAUGGCGUCCUUCUGCUACGGGGGACUUCGUUUGCUACUACUGCCCACGUGUAAGAUGGAUAUCCAGUGCGCUGCUCCACGUUUGCCAUCCUCCCAACGUCCCCCUCAGGAGAUGGCCUAGAGCACCGCUCGUACCCUGACCGACCGUUCCCCUUCGCCGGUGCGGUCUCGCUGGCAGACGAGAUUGCUCGUCGCCCUGCUUUGCUACGGGAUCCCGAAGUCUGCGUUCCAUUGAGGUCCAUGAUAAGUUAACCAGUGGGCUGCUCCCCGUUUGCCAUCCUCCCAACGUCUCUUUCGGGAGAUAGCCUAGAGCACCACUCGUACUCUGGCCGACCGUGUUUAAUUACCAUCCCUCACCCAUGGCGUCCUGCUGGCAGUCCGAACCUUGCUCCUCGCCCGCCACUACUGAUGACCGUUUUGGAUGGCGGUGAGCGAGGAGGACGUCCGAGGCAGUUUUGCCAAAAGAUCAGAUGCUUCUGAGCAACAAUCCCUUCCACGGCUGUGGCCGUUUGGACAUCCAAGUCUGAGUGUGGCCACUAACCCCAGGACCUGCGCAGCAAUCCCUUGUCACGGCGAGCGUCGUCUCUGCGAGCUUCGCAUCGAGCGUCCGAAACGCUCAUCAGGUGGUCUUUGUGCAUAUUCUAGAUGGUCUAGCUGGCGAGGGUGGCGCACGCCUUAGGGAAGUUAAAUGUUUGUUCAGUUGCACUAGCUAGCGGUCACUACGAUCGUAUAGCUACAUAAAAAAAUUGCUUAGCUGUAAGCCUGAGGUUUCGUGGGCAUGGCUUGCGGCCACACGGGUCUUCUCCGUGCCGGAAUCGAAGAGGACGGGCCACGUGUUGCGGGGUGGCGGCGUAUAGCUUCAGGUUUUAGCUGGCACUGCGCAGGCUACAGCUGAUAGCCGUCCUCUACGAGUGCGUCAGGGACAUGGACCCUUCUGAAUGGCCUUGCGACCCGACCCCACUAUUUCGUGACAGGGUAGCCCGGGCGCGUCAGUGCUAUCGAGCGAAAUGUGGAAUCACGGAAGCAAACGCCAUUCAGAAAUUGCCUCGCCAGCUUUUAGCUAUUGCGGCGACCUUAAGUCGCGUACGGUCUGGAGCGGAGCCCGGCCGUGCAGCAGCUACGGUGAGUGGUCCAUUUCUUUGCGGUUCCAGCUGUUCUUUUCUGGUUGUUUACUUUCCUCCUUGCGUCGCAGACGAUGACCUUGAUCACCACUCGUGCUGUCACCGACCGUCUUAACUCUCUUGCAUUCCCUCGGCGGGGAAGUGUUGCUGGUGGACUACACUUUGUUCCUCGCCCGGCACUACUACUGGUUCCUACCGUCUGCUUUCCAUUGCGGCUAUCCACAAGCAUAACCGGCGGGCGGUUCUGCACAUCUAGUCUCCGGCCGUGUUACGUCUAUUUUUCUCGCCGGUGGCUUUCAGCUGGGAGAUGGAGAUUCGUUCAACUCGCUGCACUUCUGACAAGUACCAUGUAUAUACACUCCUAUGGUACUACGGAUGUUUUCUCGUGUGGUGUGUAAGUCAUGUGGCAUUUAAGGUUCCGAACGUCGGCUUGUGAAUGAAGCCGUGUUUUCCUCUGACGGCUAUGGUUCGUGGUCUCUCAGUGAUCCUUUUCUUAAUCCUGUUGCUACACCUUGCCGGUACCGCAAGUACACAUACUUUGUGGGCUUACGAUGAAAUUUGCUGUCAGUUGUAUUUACUAUGCAGACCUUCGAGGUUAGGUUUGUGCUUCGGAAAACUUCGCCACAAUGUUUCCGAAAGGCUUUUGUAUGUCGCUCUCGGAGUACAACGACGUGGAAUUUCUUCCGUUCCUGGUUAUAUUUCUUAGCCGAUUUAAUUUCCUUAUCCGUAAUUUAUUUCGUCUAGUCAGAGCGCCAUAUUUUUCCCAAUGCUUUUGUAACACUACGUAGUCUUUUGUCGAAGGUUGCCGUCCUAUUCUUUAAUGUUUCCUCCCAAUUGUCUGGUUGCACUCGUCGGGUCCGCAGAAGUUACAGGAACAGGUUCACCAGGUCCAUCGUGAACUUGUGUGAACGAUUGUUUCUUAAUGAUGCCACCUACUUCGUAUACUCGGGUAUAUAGUUCUCCAUUAUGCAGUACACAUCCACCGAUCGCUUUCCGCAGUAGACUUGAAAACUACGAAUGAGCCUUUCACAGAAACCGCCCCCACACGGUGUUUUGUGGAGGAAAUUUCCACUUGGUGAUAGGUCAUAAAUUGUUCAGUUGUUUAUCGACUUCAUGUUGCUGUGACCGCAUUCAAUCCCUUAUUCGUUCUCCUGAAAGUCUUGCAUUGUUGCUGAGCACAUUUAUGUUCGAGCUAAGAAACGCCGAAUAUACUGUAGAAAACCGAUGUGAAGCGUCUCAAAUAGUUUCGCAGUGUACACCUCUUGUCAUGGCACUUGCGAAAGUUGCUACACAAAGUUUGGCUAUGUCUCCUUACUUUUUUUGUAGUUGCUCCCAGUCCACCGUUGAAACGUAAACCAGCUAUUUCCGACAAUGUGGUCUUCGUUACUCUAUCCUCAACAGGAAGUGCAUCCUCUUACGACGAUCUGGAAUGGUAUCUUAGCCACAUAACGCACUGUCGUAUUAUUUCUUUCACGUAUAUGCGCCAGUGUAGCGCGUACUCCACCGUGAAGUUGGUCCAUAUAGGCGUCGCACUAAUAAUCAACGAAUUUCUUCACAUUUACAUGUGAUCAGGUGCUGCUCGUCUUGUGAUACGGGCCCUACCGAAAGCGCCCUCGAAGUCUCAUUUGGUCUUAAUAUAUCGGGUAUUCACCUACUGUCUGCACAUUCGCUUGCUUGCUGAAUUUCUGCACUUUUUUCAAUAUACACACUUCGUUCUAGCCAAAUGAAGCAGGUGUCGGCAAUAUUUAUUACUUCUGCUUUUAGUGGACCGUUGAAAUUGCCCUUUAAUAUUAUUCACGGAACGAAACAUUCACGUUGUUACUCUCCAAAUAUUCAAGUAACUGCCUAACUCGUCAACUUCAAUGCCUCGUCUCGAGAUCCUUUUCGACGUAUACCUUACGAGAAUCAUCUCCUUUCCUUUCAUUAUUAUCCGGCAUUUUGUAUCGGCUAUUUGGCCUGUAGCAACUGGGAUCCCUUCUACAAAAUUGUUACUGCGACUUCUUUUCUACGGUGACUCCUGGUUAUACCUGCUCGAUUUUUCACUACUAUUCACGUAUCCUCAUUCUUCUACUGAGCAAUUCUUUUUCUUGUGUGUUCAACGGGUGCUUUAUACAUUUUCUUUCUCCAAUGCAGCACGAUUGCACAAGUGAUCCGAUACUUUACUGUUGCUCGCAAGUUCUAAUUUGCGAGACUGACGACGGUGUUCAUUAGAGCUACUGUUCUUUGCCAGGACCAGCAGUAUCUCCGCUCUGAUAUAACAGUACCAUGAAUGCUGCACUUGAAUACACCUCAGGGCUUGCAUCCGAUAAGUGUUGGUGCUUACGUUCCGUUUUCUUGUCGAUGCGUUCUUGAGGCAUCUGGUCCUUUAUGUUGCUCGGUAUAUUUAUCCAUAGAUCAUUUAUGUUCGUCUGGGAGAAGGUUGUCCCAAGAUUCCGGUUUUUCCCGUCAUUGAAUACCGAUAUUAGCUGUUACAGUGCAGGAAGUUAGAAAUUCCAGCCAACCGAAUAUUUUUUUCCUGGCUUGAAGUACUCUUCCCUUCGUGAGCAUUUCACUCGAGUCGGCCGUUUCCCAGUUCAUUCCUAGAAUACCGAUCUGGCUUGACCACCCAAGAACGGCACCUUGAUGCGCAUUUAAAUUCUUAUUUCUUCACUGUUUGGUGUCCCUUUGCAAAUUAUCAUUGCAGCUCGGCGUAUUUUUUUCUUGCUUCUAUGUACACGCCUUCUGCCUGGUUUCUUAUGAUGUUCCAACCAUAACUUCAUCAACGCAAACUUAUUUGUUUGCUGUCAUUGCAAGACUUCCUUCGAAAAUUCCUUAAGUGUUGGUACAUCGGCAUUCAAAUUUUCUCCUGUCUGAAGAUAAUUCAGAACAUUCCUGAUCUUAACCGCGAGGCGUCAAAUACUAUGCUUACUUCUUGCUAGUCAGUCUUUUCGAAUUGCUUGAUGGCGCGAUAUGCUAGUUAUUGUUCAGGUUAUACCGGGCAGGCUCGUUCUUUCAUUCCAAGCAUGAGCGAUCCCGCAUUGAACAGCCGUAUUUUUAUCUAUUUACUGAAUUUGAAUGUGCCUUCGAGAUCGUCUUCUGAUUGCUAUUUAGUUGAUUUCCACGUUAACUUGCUCUCUCCAUCCUUCUGAACGUACAAGUCCUUGUGACUACAUAGUCCACUUCAUGCAUCGUUACUUUCUGAGGAACUAAGCCAGUAUAUUCCGCCAUCAAAAAGUUCAAAAUGCAAGUCGUCAGUUUCUGCGGCGUCAAGAACCAUGGCGAGUUUCGCGUUUCGCACUUCUACACCACAUGGGUCAGGCACGAUCCAGUCGGGCAUUUUCUAUUUUCCAUUGUAUCUUCGUUUCGUCUUUCUACUGGGCUUUCCUCCUCACCUACACUACUACUGGUUCUAAAAUCCUGUUUCCAACUGCGGUCUUCAAGCGUAUCCAGCGUGCCCCUGCACUACUCUACGGUCUGCGCUCCAAAAGGUUACUUCGGCCACGAGCAUCAGCUGUUCCAGGAGCGACCACUACUGCUUCUACAUUGCCUCGCCAGUGGCGUCCUGCUGGUAGACUGGACUUGUCUCCUCGCCCUGCACUACUACUGGUUCUGCAAUCCUGUUUCCAACUGCGGUCCUUAAGCGUACCCAGCGUGCCCCCCUGCACUACUCUACGGUCCGCGCUUCAAAAGGUUACUUCGGCCACGAGCAUCACCUGUUCCAGGAGCGACCACUACUGCUUCUACAUUCCCUCGCCAGUGGCGUGCGUCCUGCUGGACACUGGACUUGUCUCCUCGCCCUGCACUACUACAGGUUCUAAAAUCCUGUUUCCAACUGCGGUCUUCAAGCGUAUCCAGCGUGCCCCCGUGCACUGCUCUACGGACUGCUCUCCAAAAGGCUACUUCGACCACGAGCAUCACCUGUUCCAGGAGCGACCACUACUGCUUCUACAUUCCCUCGCCAGUGGCGUGCGUCCUGCUGGUACACUGGACUUGUCUCCUCGCCCUGCACUACUACUGGUUCUAAAAUCCUGUUUCCAACUGCGGUCUUCAAGCGUAUCCAGCGUGCCCCCGUGCACUGCUCUACGGACUGCUCUCCAAAAGGCUACUUCGACCACGAGCAUCACCUGUUCCAGGAGCGACCACUACUGCUUCUACAUUCCCUCGCCAGUGGCGUCCUGCUGGUAGACUGGAUUUGUCUCCUCGCCCUGCACUACUACUUGUUCUAAAAUCCUGUUUCCAACUGCGGUCUUCAAGCGUAUCCAGCGUGCCCCUGCACUACUCUACGGUCUGCGCUCCAAAAGGUUACUUCGGCCACGAGCAUCAGCUGUUCCAGGAGCGACCACUACUGCUUCUACAUUGCCUCGCCAGUGGCGUCCUGCUGGUAGACUGGACUUGUCUCCUCGCCCUGCACUACUACUGCGUAUCCAGCGUGCCCCUGCACUACUCUACGGUCUGCGCUGCAAAAGGCUACUUCGACCACGAGCAUCACCUGUUCCAGGAGCGACCACUACUGCUUCUACAUUCCCUCGCCAGUGGCGUCCUGCUGGUAGACUAGAUUUGUCUCCUCGCCCUGCACUACUACUGGUUCUGCAAUCCUGUUUCCAACUGCGGUCUUCAUGCGUAUCCAGCGUGCCCCCGUGCACUGCUCUACGGACUGCUCUCCAAAAGGCUACUUCGGCCAUGAGCAUCACCUGUUCCAGGAGCGACCACUGUUGCUUCUACAUUGCCUCGCUAGUGGCGUCCUGCUGGGAGACUGGACUUGUCUCCUCGCCCUGCACUACUACUGGUUCUGCAAUCCUGUUUCCAACUGCGGUGCUUAAGCGUACCCAGCGUGCCCCCCUGCACUACUCUACGGUCUGCGCUCCAAAAGGUUACUUCGGCCACGAGCAUCAGCUGUUCCAGGAGCGACCACUACUGCUUCUACAUUCCCUCGCCAGUGGCGUCCUGCUGGUAGACUGAACUUGUCUCCUCGCCCUGCACUAUACUACUGGUUCUGCACUCCCGUUUUCGACUGCGGUCGGUACCUAGCAGGCUCCUGCACAUCGAGUCUCCUUUCUGCACUCCAAAAGAGAUUACUUCGGGCACCCAGCAUCACCCAUUCCAUGAGCGACUGCUUUUGCUUCCACGUUUUCUCGCGGACGGCGUCUUGCUGUAAGACUGGACUUAGCGUGGCGUCCUUGCACUUAAUUCUGGUUCCCAGUGUUUGCUGUAGCUUGCGGCACAAGAGAAAUGUCCCAGACGCUCAUUUACAAGAACAUCCCUGACCUUGCCUCACGAGCAACCACCUUCAGCUCGGUCGUCCUGCCGUGUCCUCUAUUCAAGAUUCCUCAUACUCGUGAACGCGUCGCACGUCUCAUGGCUGUGUCCUGCACUGUGUGGACGGCGUGUUCCUGCUCUGAAGGACUGCGUGUCGUCACCGUCCCAUCAGCAUCGGAUGUGCUCCUACACUUCGGUGUUGCCUUUUUGGACAGGCAUAUUUAAGUUUAGCGUAGCAAGCUUUUCUGCUUUGGAAGAGGGGUACGUUGCUCUGCGAAUGGACGGCGCUUCUAGGAAUCGGGGUAAUACGAAGCAGAACAGUAAAAAGGUCUGGUUACGUGGACACCACUCGGUCCUUAAUAAGGGAUGUCAAUGUUUUCAUGACCCGAUCGGUAAAUUUUUGGUGGCGAGAGUAAUGGACAUUCAUUGACGUUGUGCACUUUUAUAUUAACACGUGCGUGUGCGUGUGUGCGUGUGCGUGUGCGUGUGCGUGUGCGUGUGCGUGUGUGCGUGUGCGUGUGCGUGUGCGUGUGCGUGUGCGCGUGUGCGUGUGCGUGUGCGCGUAACCUAUUCAAUGCUCCCUUUUUCUUCGAUCGACAGCGUAUGAUAUGGGCUCCGCUGCUAGCUGGCGCACUUCGAAUUCUUUAUGUUGGUAGCGUUUCCAGCGUCACAGUUGCUUCACUUUUCCCGGUUCAUUCCUGUUGAGAGGUUCCUGGUUUGAUGGUUUACUAUCGUCUAUGGACAUGCGCUUUUGGAUUGGUCGAACCGCUGGUUUCCUUGACUUUGGCCAUCGGUUGAUCUCUAUGGUCGUUUCAGCAUUCAGCGGUAUUGUUCAGGCGCCUUUCUCGUGCCAGAAACGGUCUUGACACAUUCUCGGUUCUUCCCCGUUGCUCAUCACUGGCUCGAAAAGAUUAACAUGCCACUACAAAAGGACACAAUGUCAGUGAAUGGGAAAGGGGAGGGUAGUUAUUCUCGCCAACAAAGAUUUCCCGAUUUGCUCAUGAUGAUAAUGACGUCCAUCUUUAAGACUGGUUGGUGGCAAAGGUCACCGGGCUCGCUGUUUCUAGUUUCCGGUGUCCUUGACUCGUCAAAUGCUCUUAUGGAUCUACAUGGUCCAACUUAUGUAUUACCUGUCGUUUAUCAGACAGUGCUACCCGCUGUCGUCGCUUGUUCACCGUUUACACAGUGCCGUAGUUUGAUAUUCGUGUCCACAACUAUCGCGUACUCUGCAAGAUAGGUAAGAAUACUGAAGCGCCAUGGCGCCCUUCACGCUCCUGUGACGUCGUUGCCUGCUGACUUGAUCAGAUUACGCACACUUGUGUAAUCUCGUGAUUAAUGUGCACCGCGUGAGCCAUUGUCAAACAGCUACUUCGAAGGGGCUACAUGUACUACGCUUAUGCGAAGUCGUGUGUAAACGUCUAGAGAAGUCACGAGCACGCUCAAAGAAAUCUUGAUUAGAAAACGGGAUGAAUAGUGAUUGAAUUUGAUUGAUUGAUAGUGAUGAAUAGUGAUUGAAUUUGCACAUGCUACCACUGUUGUCCUAAUUUCGAUAUAAGAAAUCACACUUGAUUUAUUACGAAUUCCAUUGUUCUCAACCUGUAAUAACCUUAACUCUGCGUUGCUCGAUGACCAAAUAUAAAAUGAGCACUGUCCGUGGUAAAUGGUUACGUAUGCCGCAUUGCUCUGCCUUUUUUCUCGCUGGUUUCAUACGCUGUAAUGAAAGUCGAGCAACCACGCAUGCGCGGUUGUGCUCAGUCGAAUGCAUUUUUUUAACCUAACAUCCACACAGCGUAGUGGAGCCUUACUGUAGAAGGUGUACUUCUAUUUUUCGUCUUCAGUUAGACGACAGUCCUGCAAUUGCGCCGCAAUACUCGCAAUCGGUUUACGAUACGACCAGUGUGGCGAUUUGGACUUCGUAUGCAUCCGCCGUGGUUGCUUUGGGGCUAUAGUGUUGGGCUGCUAAGCACGAGGUUACGUUAUCAAAUCCCGGCCAUGGCGGCCGCAUUUCUAUCGGGGCGAAAUGCGAAAACACCCGUUUACUUAAUUUGGGUGCACGUUCAGCACCCCCCGUGGUCCAAAUUACCAGAGUGUCCCACUGCGGCAUGCAUCAUCAGAUCGUGGUUUUCGCACGUAAAACCUCAUAAUUUUUGUUGGUAUGUGUCAUUGGAGGCUUUCUUUUUUCUGUGUGUAACACAACUGGCACGUGUUCAAAGAAUUUUUCUUAUUGCUCUGUUUGCUAUUGUAUGAGACACUCAAAGAACUUACAAAAGCAAGCGCAAUGAACCACGUAAUUGCAUUCCAGUGGAUACCUGGGCACUGCAGUAUUCCUGGUAAUACUGCAGCGGACGCAGUUGUGAAUCGGGUGCACAAUAACGCGGAGACAACCAAUCUUCCUCUAUUGCGUAGUGAAGUCCGUCUGCUCCUGAGACGGAUUUCUUGUCGCCUCAGCAAAACUACCUGGUUUGAUCAGCAAACUAAAAACUGAGUUAUACUUUAUAGACCCAUGUAUAAACUUAACAAUGCCGGAAAAUCUAAGAGAACAGAAAAUUUGAAACAUUGGUACACCGCCUGCGUCUUGGUACUGCAUUCACUAAACGCUUCUUGUACAGGAUAAAACGUCUCUAGUCCAGUGUUCUUGUGGCCAUGCAGACGAAGAUGUGCAUCAUCUUCUCCUCGAGUGCACUAAAUACAAUCCACAAAGGAUACUGCAAGCAAAUUUGUUAUUAGACAGAAGACCAUUCACUCUAAAAAAAAAAAGUACUUGGCCCAUGGCCAACUGCGGGCCUUCAAGAAAGAGCGCUUCUUGCUCUGAAGUUUUUAGAGGAGACCAACAUUUUGGGAAAAUAUUAGGUAUCAGAUGAUCCGAAUGCGCUAAAUGAGUAACAUAAACGUUGUUCGUGAUUCCUAAUUGGUUUGUGGCGAUCGCAACUUUUAUGCAAUAUGUAUAAUUAUGUUCUGUACUUGCAGUGCAUUACAUGUGUUGUGUGUUAUGGCUGUUCUAAAUAUCUGACUAUAUAUGCAUACGUGGACUGAACUUGUGCACAGAACUUUGCGACUCAUGUACUGUUGGCAUGUAUAUUUUUCAUUCAUCUAGUGUUCUACUGAGUGCCAUAUUUCGUGUCGCUAUUCUCCCUUUUUACGCAAAUUUGUUUCCUUUGCCAAGUGACAAGGAGUAGCCGGUGCCACCAUAAAGGCGCCAACCUCUCAUAAUAUUCAUUUCAAUAAAAAAAAAAACUGGCACGUGGACGCAGAGAAAAAACAAGAAACCCACACAGCGCUCAAUAGUUCGCAAUACGACAGCGAUGCACGAAAUAACUGCACAUUGAGGUCAUGAUAUUGGUAGAUGCGACGCGGUACAUAUAAAUCGUUGUCUAAAAAUGUUUUAGUCCCUUCUGUGCGUUUCGCAUCCAACUGGGAAAGUUCGAAUACUUGCGCGCUUUCUCGUUUACUGAAAACAUGCCGGAAUCGUUUUUUUUUUUCAUCUCCCAACGAAGGUGCUCUACUACGCUUACUCAUUUCAGACAAGUUUUGCAGCUUGCAGCUAUUUGAGCUUUAAUGUAUGCAAAUAAGUCUGUUACUGCACAUUGACUUAUGCUGUUAUUUUCGGUUUAUUGAUCUAAGAAAACUGUUGUCGGUGUACAUUGUUAUAUGGCAAAGUAUUGGGAAGCUGAGAAAUUAUCUGUGCUAUGUAAAUUUCGGUAUGUAUUUGACAUGUAUUCCUGUACAAAUGCAUAAAUGUAUGUCAUGCACUGUAUAUAUGCUGCUGUUUGCAGCAUCUGGGAUUAAGUCCAGUCGUGUAGCAUUAAAUCGCUUUUAAUUCCGUUUAGUCGUGUUUUGCACUGAUUGUACUGAGUAUGCAUUGCAUUAAACUGCACCUUGCCCAAAUCAUCUGUCAAAAUAAAACUUCUUCUUCUUGU